UUCGCUGCCAGUUCUCCUCUAGCCAAUUUGCCCACUUUGGGGGGGGGGGGGGGAAUUUGAAUAGAGACCGUGCCGGAUUCUGUUUCGCUGUCCCGGCGAUCUCUCACCCGGGAUCAGGAAUUCACCACCUUUCGGAUAAAACGACGGAUUUCUUCAUCUAAAAGGUUCCAGGAGGAAGAGGCGGGAUGGGACCGUUAAAUGAAUAUCACAAGAAUCAGAAGGUGCAAGAGAAGCGAAGUCCACGCAGUCGUAUCCCCAGGCUGGUUCUCCGCCCUUACUCCCACAUCCAGAAAGGAUCGCCUUCGUCUGAAUCCCCCUUGUCCGAGGAAGACAGCCGCGAUUACGAUCUGAGCUCCAGCCAGUCACGGAGAUCCGCAACCACCGUCAGUAGCAUCAGUUUCUGUUCAGAUGAUACUGGAUGUCCCAGCAGCCAGUCGGUGUCCCCAGUGAAAUCCCCUUCAAAGCUGACCAGUAUUCUGUUAACCAUUCCUACGGUGAAUGAAGAAGAGAGAGGAAGGAAAAUUGCCUCUGGAACUGUAACAGAGUGGAACGGUCAGCACAUCAGACAUAAGAGGGAGCAAAAGUCAUGCCUGGUGCAGCCAGGGAGUGAAGCUGACUUUAGUUCGUCCAGCAGCACAGGCAGCAUUUCAGCACCUGAAGGUCUUAUGUCCAGUUCGGGGAGCAAGCGGAGCUCGGCUUCUCGCAGCCGAGGUGUACAUGGAAGAAGCAGUGCUUCUAGUGGACACAAGCAGUCGGUGAGCCCAACGAUUACUCGGGAGAAAGAUCCGGUGUCAGCAGUGUAUAAAAGCACAGCCAACAUCCGUGAUGUCUACGGAGCCUCAUCGCGAAGCAGCAGCAGUAACUCAGGCUCUUACAAAGGCAGCGACAGCAGUCCGACUAUCAGGCGGUCUGGUAAAUACACCUCUUGCAGUGAUAAUCAUGGCAUUAAGCCCCCAAAUCCGGAGCAGUACCUGACCCCCCUGCAACAAAAGGAGGUCACCAUUAGACAUCUGAGGACAAAACUAAAGGAUUCUGAAAGCACCCUUCAAGAGAGGGAAUCUGAAGUUGCUGAUCUCAAGUCCCAGCUUGCCCGCAUGCGGGAGGACUGGAUCGAAGAGGAAUGUCACCGAGUUGAAGCUCAACUGGCACUAAAGGAAGCUCGCAAGGAGAUUAAACAGCUCCGUGAGGUGAUUGACACCAUGAAGAACAGUUUGGUCGAGAAGGAUAAGGGGGUUCAAAAAUAUUUUGUUGAUAUUAAUAUCCAAAACAAAAAACUGGAGUCUUUGCUGCAGAGCAUGGAGUUGGCCCAGAAUGGUGCUUCGAGGGAUGAUUCAUCGUUGGACUGCAUGUGCUCUUCACCGGUGAAAUCAUUGGCUCGCAGUGCAACCUACACAAAAAUGGCCGAAGCCAUGGAUGUUGGAGACCAGGCUGUUGAGGAGAUGGCUGAUAGCGGCCUGCUUGCCAACGACGAUAUGGCAAGCAGGACCGAUCUCUUUGACCAGUUACUGAGGUCAAAACCCACUGAUGGUUGCUCUGGAGAUGGCAGUUGGACACAUGCCAAUGAAAUGCAGUCAAUUCUUAGCAACAGUGCAGCUUUUGAUGUGUCUGCUCCCAAUAUUAUCUUUAUGACAAAUGACAAUAGGCUAGUCAGGGAACAAGCUAUCCAGACUGACGUAGUGCCAUAUAGUCCAGAUGUACAAAGCCUCAUUCUACAUAUUCUAAAAUCACAACAUAACACCCCAAUCAGCCCCAUAUCUUCAACCUGGGUGUCAGAUCUUGGCCAGGAAGUAUGCCCAUCGGAGUUUGAAACAAAAGCUACUGAUACUUUGAUGGAUUUAACCCCAAACAAUCCCAAUACUACAAUUCUAGUGUCUAAGUUAGAAUCUGUGAACCACUUCAAGAGCCCUCAGGCACACAUCUGCAACGAACAAACACAGUACCAACCCAGUGUCAGCGGUAUGACAGAGCCCACAUUCACAUCCGCCUUUGACCAGACCGAUAACAAUGAAUUAAGUGUCUCAGAGGAACAGCCGGUGCGUCAGAGAAGUUACUGGAGCAAGCAUUUUAUUGUUGACUUGUUGGCAGUGGCUGUCCCUGUAGUGCCUACCUUGGUGUGGAUUUUCUCCACGCGCAGAGGGGGCUCAGGGGCACUGUACAAUAUCGGGGUUCUGCUGCGCGGGUGCUGUCUAGUGGCCUUGCACUCACUGCGCACGCAGCACACGCAGCUGUCCCCCACUUUCAAAAAAUGAACCCACUAAUUGCACUUAACGUUUUUAGUUUAGGACACUUGAAAACAAAAAUACUGGAAUUAGCUUACUGAGUUGUGCUUGUGUGUGGCUAGAUGUGUUUCAUCACAUCAGUGAGAUUUAAUUUGCACUGCUGAUAAGUAUAGAUUAUUGACUUAAGGCGAUUCGAGUUUACAGUGUGGCAAGUGGCUUAUGAAGAAUGGUUAAUUUAUCAUUGUGAAUGCGUCCCUUGAAUGAAGGAGCAAAAGACAUUGAAGUGGCCAAAGUUGAACCUCUGCUGAGCAAUAUAGCAAAUUACUUUGUAGAGGUCAUGUUUCAUAAAAAACAUGAGAAAGUGGAGUAUUAAACGUACGAGCUGGAAUUCAAUUUAUAACAUUACUAAAGUACUAUUUUAAACACCGGUUAUUUCUUAAUAGUGAAAGCUGCUUUUAAGGUUCAUCCCUUCUAAGGCAGCUGGUUCCAGAAUCUGCUCAAACAUUGGUUCAGCUGUAUAUAUCGUUGCUGUUUUAGGAGCUGCAGUUUAGUGGCUAUGCUGUAUUUUUAUGUUGAUAAUAAUAUGGAGUGCAACCAAAGCUUCUUGGCCUUCUGUCAGUGUGUUCUGAACCCCUGUAACUGUUGUGUUGCAUCAAGGCAAGUAUCAACUAGUUGAAGCAGUUUAUGUGACAGUGACCUGUUCUGAGUGUGGCUACGUACAGUCCAUGGACCUGCUUUAAAAAGUAGUGAGCAGAAUGCCUCUCUGUACUUGCUAUUUACAAAAUAGCAUUCUUUAUUUUGUAUGUGUUGUUUUCGAGCCAUGUGCAAUAU